AUGAGGCUAAUAUUAAAAAGGCAAGCCAGUGACUUGCUAAGAAGGACAAGCGUACUUGACGAGACUCUGAAGGAAAUAUUCACAGAACUUGAAGAUGUCUACAACACGCUCCAAACCAAAGACGCCAUGAUCAAAAACCUUAUGGAAGACUUGAGCCUUGCAGAACACGACAUAGCCGAUCUUGAUCAUCUUGUCCAGAAUAAAAAUGGUAGUAUUGAAGAGCGAGAGGUCCAGAUCAAAAAAUUGGAAAUCAAAAUCGCUAAAUUGGGAUCAGAGGGCAAGAAACAGAAUAAUUCGGAAGGCUAA